GACGACCCUUGUGGUUUUGGCGGCUUUUCGAGACAUAAAUAAAUUCGUGUUGGUUGGUUGUUCAUAAUGCACGAAAGUGAAGUACAGACGGUGUCCGUUCCAAUUGAGGUUGCGCAAGAAUAUGUAUCAAAGCUACUUGGGUUUGCACCUCUUCAACUUUCAGAUGAUUUGUACAAUGUGAUCAUUACUCAUUUGGAACAAAUGAUAGAUGAAUUCAGUGAGAAGUUAUUGGAUAAAUUUGGAUUAAAAUUUACGUCAGAAAAACUUCAAUCGCUCACUUAUUAUUUAAAAGAAAGACUUGAAGACCGUCUUGUAGACAUGUUUGAUUCUUUCGAUAUAUUUUUAGUCGGCAAAGUACUGUAUCUGAAUUCUUCAGUAGUUCUUAAAGAUGAUGAACUCCAGUUAGUUUACUCUGAAAAACGUGACAAAGCUAUUGAAAAUCGUAUUAUCACUUACACGAAUAGAAUUACAGUGCUUAAAACAUGUCUAACAAAAAUUGAACAAGAAACAGCUAAGAUCAACUCAAUUGUAGACAAUAUAAAGAAUAUGAAGAAACACAUCAAUCAAACUCUGGAAAAUGUUUAUGGUGUCAAGUCAGACGUUUUAUUUAUCCGUAUACGGAAUUUGUAAUCGGAGAAGUAAUCAAAAAUACAAUAAUCUAAAUAAGUACAACAGCUUAACGAUUAAAUUGACCAGUAGUAGUAGGUAGGUGAUUGGUUUAAACUCGGUUCUACUUAAUUCAUUUUGUAGUAGACGCAUAAUGUCACUAAACCGGACACAUGAAUUUGUGCUUGAUAGUUAAGUUACAUUAUUAUUUUUAUUCUUCUUCUUAUUAUUAUUGUAUGAGUAAAUACGUGUUUGCGUUUCCAACUACAUUCGAACGUAUAAAUCCAAUGGUUAGAGAUUAAAGUGUACAUGAAUUACCAACUACAUUCUUAACUCUUACCAUCGUUAACUAUUUAGAGAUAUUUUUUAAAUUUGACAUUUGUUAUUGUUCAUUUGUUUUACAAUUAUUGUGAUUUAGUCGAUGAAUUAUGUCUCUCAAUAUAUGAACGGAACAAUUCAAUAAAUCGAUUAUAUACUGCUCUAACUAAUACAAAUGUAUCCAAUCCUAAUUUUCUAUCAAUUUGUUCACCUUUAAAGAAGAGAAGAAAACAUAACAGCAAAUGAUUUUUCGUUGAAAGAGAUAUGUAUUUACUGUACCAUAUGAUAUAUAUAUAUAUCUCUUUCGUACAGUACUAUGUAAUCUUACAAAUGUAAUAUAUAAAUCUCGUGUAUCUGUUUCUUGUAUAUUCAUCGUUAUUUAUUUUAAAAACUAAUAUAAUAUAUUCAAAGUUUCAAUUAGUA